AAAAUAUAUAUAAGAAAUUCAGCUACAUAAUACGAAAGAACAUAAAAUCUAAUUUAACUGUAACUAUAUAUAUUUUGCUAGAUUCAUAAUGUGCCACAGAAAUUAACAGCAAAUACACAACAUACAAUAAACAACAAUAAAAAACCACAACAAAAAUAACAACAGCAAUAACAACAAAUUCACCAUGAAGAUGGUGGACAAAUCUUCAAAAUUGAUGGAUAAAUUUGUCGCCAGUGGCAGCGGCGGCGGCGGCGGCGGCUCAGCUUCAGCGGCAGCAGCGGCCAAUGCAGCUGCCGUCAGCGCUGCAUCAGCCACAGCGGCGGGCUUAGCCAGCGGCAUCGGUGGCGGCGGCGGUAGCGCAGGCGGAGGCUACGGCGCUGGCAGCAGCAAUAUGACAAGCAACGGACAAAAGCCGGUGCCUAUGAAACUCUUCGCCGCCUGGGAAGUCGAUCGAACGCCGCCCAAUUGCAUACCAAGACUCUGCUCGUUGACAAUAACGCGUCUCUCCAUCCUGACCCCGCUGCCCGGGGACACGACUUCACUUUCGCUGGCGGUCAAAAUGCAAAGCUCAAAGCGAACACUGCGCAGCCACGAGAUACCCAUCAAUGGCACCGCACUGACAUCGAUGGCAUCCAGCCGGGAGAGCUCCAUGCAGGGCAACUCGCCGCUGGCCAAUGUGAUCGGUGGCUCCGGCCUGAUUGGCACGCCGGGCAAUGUGGGCAAUGCGGGCAUCGGUACCGGAGCGCUGCCACUGACCGAAACGGAGCUGGACUUGCACUUCAGUCUGCAGUAUCCGCACUUCAUCAAGAGAGACGGCAAUAGACUGGUAAUUUUGCUGCAGCGCCGCAAGAAAUACAAAUCGCGCACGAUUCUGGGCUACAAGACGCUGGCCGAGGGCAUAAUACGCAUGGAUGCGGUGCUGCAGAAAUCGAUGGACAUGAUCAUUGAGCUGAGUGCAUCCGGCAAAAACGGCAGGCCCGGCACUGUGGUUGCCUGCCUGCGCGCCGAGCGCGUCUCCUCCAUUCCAGUUGACCAUGACAAUAAGAAUAACAACAGCGUGCUGCUGGCAGAUCGCGUUGCUGAAUACUCGGACGAGGACGAGGAGGCUGAAUUCAGUUCGGGCGAAUUCAACGACGAAUCCAAUGAGCUGGCCAUCACGGGCUACGAUCAGAAGCGUGACUAUAAUCCGGCCAAGCAUGAUAUGCGCAAGUAUCGCAACAAGCUGCAAAGAUCGGGCAUUGCGGAUAUCGCAAUAGUGGGCCAUCAUCCGCACCAGCAUCAUCCGGUGGACAGCGACAGCGAGUUCGAAAUGAAGGACAAGAGCUCAUCCCGUGCCAAGUUCAGUCGGACAAUUUCGCUGCAGCAGCGCAACUUUAAGCAGAAAAUUGUUGCGCUGUUGAAGCGUUUCAAGGCCAGCGAGGAGCUGGAGGAUGAAACACAUAGUGGUACCGCAGCGCUGCGCGGUGAACGCGAUUUGGAUGCACUCUUUCAGGAGCUGGAGUCGCUCUCCUGUUGCGAGGGCGAUGAUUCCGGUCCAGACAUGGACAGCAUAUCGAUUGGCUCGACACCGAAGCCGUCGCUGCGUCCGUUCUUCACCAACUCGCGGAUAAUGCUGCACGACAGUCUCGCGGGCAAUGGCAGCGGCGCCCCGGGCAGCGGCAUUGGCGGAGCAACGGGAAACUCUGAGCGCCGAUCAUCGGAUAAGAGCGACCAAUUGACCAAUUCAUCUUACAAUAUUGAAUAUAACAAAAACCAAAAAUGCAUUCAUUUAACAAACAAUAACAAUUCGGCUACAACACCAGAUCGCGCUGGUAAUGAUAGUUCCGGUAAUGAGGGAAACGCCGGCUACACCGAUGGCCAGAACUCCGAUCCCCAGAAUAGUCCGCCCAGGGACAAGGAUUAUCUGCGCCAGCAACAGUAUCAGCAGCUGACACCCGUCAGCUCCAUCGCGGGCAACACGUGCAGCGUGAGCCCAGCUCAGGCUCAGGGCCAGACCGAGAAGCGCUCGCGCUUGUUUCGCACCUCCAGCAAUGCGCCGAUCGUGGGCAGCGCAGGCGGCGCCAGCGCUGGGAAUAACAGCAAUGCGGCGGCAGGCAAACGGAAGCACACGCUCAGCCUGAGCGCGGAGCCGCGUUCGGCUCUGGAGGCAUGCUUGUCGCCCACAAAUGUGGAGCCACGCAAACUGCUGCUGGAUCAGUUGAGCCGCGUCUUUGCGGGCGACGACAACAUUAUACCCGAGGUGCUGACCAUCAUAAGUCCGCCCGAGGCGUUGGGCGGCGGCUCGCUGCUGGCCAAGCUCAUUACACUGUUUGCCAAUUCCCUGAAGCCGGCCUUUGUGCCACAAAACACGGCCGAGGUCAAGGCCGUGCUGCAGGCCCUCAUGGCCAAAAUUCAAAAGUAUUGUAAUUCGAACGCCAAGCCGCCGCACACGGUAAAGGUGCUGCUCAUCGGCGGCGACUGGCUGCAAGGCGCCACGCUGCGACACUACGUGGAGCUGAUGGGCGUGCGUCCGCCCGACUGGCUGAAUCACUUGCGCUUCUAUCUGGUGCCCAUCGGCGGCGGCAGCAGCAACGGCAGCGUGGCGCGCCAUCUCAGUCAAAUGGAUCAGACGUAUGCUGCGAUGUUCGGCUCCGAGAACUGGUCGCAGCUGUGCGAACGUGCGGCUGCCACCGCGGCGGCAGUCAGCGCCGUGACCACAGUCAAUGCCACGGCGCUGACGGCCAAUCUGGCCGAUGCGGCUGCUGUGGCCAAGUCGGACAUUGCGGAGCUGGUGCAGCGCAUACAGCGCUAUCUGCAUGCGGCCGGGCCCUGCACGCAAAUACCCAUUGCCGAGGCCAUGGUCAACUAUAAGGACGAAGACUCGCGCCAGAUCUUUGUGCCAUUUGUCAGCGACGUACGCAUUGGCUAUCUGGAUACGCAGGCCUCGCUGGAUCUUGAGGAGAACGCCGCAACCAAUAUGACCGGCAGCGCUGGCAGCGGCAGUUCAGCAAAUGCUUCCAGUUUGCCCAUACCCAUUGGCGGCAACCAGAGCUCGUCCAGUGUGCACAGUGGCGUGUCGGGCUCGCCGCCGCAGCAGCAGCAGCAACAACUGGGCCAGGGCAUGGGACGCACAUCACCACCGCUGCUGACGCCGCCAGCGUCGGGCUUGCCGCAUCGCGAACGGGGCGUAAAUGAAGCGCUGAUAACACCCUCGUCCCUGCAAUCGCAGACGUUCAGUGGAGCACUGGCUGCUGCCGAGGCCGUGGAACUGCAGGUGGACUACUGGCCGCUGGUGCGGCACGGCGAGUCGCAUGCCAAGGACUCGAAGGGCGGAAUGUCGCGCGGCAGCGACUCUGGCGGCGGCAAGAAUAGCAUUAAGAGUACGUUUAGGAAUCUGCAGGUGUGGCGCCUGCCACAGAAUGCACAGCAACUGGGUGAUAUGUCGAAUGGACUGACUGUUAGUUUCGCCACCAAGGAGAAGAAGCAGAAGCAAAUUAUGCGCCUGGGCAAGAAGAAGGACAAGGAGCGAGAUCUCGAAAAGGAGCAAUGCGUCGAAGGUGUUGCUCGUCUAAUAUGCUCACCCAAGCAGUCGCAUCCAGUGCCACUGCGUGUUUACAUUGAUGGCACCGAGUGGACUGGCGUCAAAUUCUUCCAGUUGUCGUCGCAGUGGCAAACGCAUGUUAAGAACUUUCCCAUUGCGCUGAUCGGCUGCACGCCCAUGUCGUGUGCCGAACUAACCUAGUCAAACAAUAUACCCAAUGCCCCCAUUCUCAUGCAGACUCGCACACGCAGACAGAUACAGUUAGAGCAGGGGGAGCCGGACAGAUGCGCGGCAAUUCAAUUUAUUAACUAAGAAGAAUGAUA